GUAUAUUAUUUUAACCAAGCCUCACUACUUUGUCCAAAGACUUGAGAGGAAAAAAACUCGAGAGGAGAGAAAGGAAGGGCGACAUGGAGACAGACGAGAGCGGCGUCUCUUUAGCGUCAGGGCCCGACGGUCGUAAGCGACGAGUCAGCUACUUCUACGAGCCAACGAUCGGUAACUACUACUACGGUCAAGGCCACCCCAUGAAGCCUCACCGGAUCCGUAUGGCUCAUAGUCUAAUCGUCCACUACAACCUCCACCGCCGCCUCGAGAUCAGCCGCCCUUACCUCGCCGACGCUGCCGACAUCGGUCGCUUCCACUCUCCCGAGUACGUCGAUUUCCUCCGCUCCGUUUCGCCGGAGUCCGUCGGCGAUUCGUCCGCGCGUAACCUAAGGCGAUUCAAUGUCGGCGAGGAUUGUCCCGUCUUCGACGGUCUUUUCGAGUUUUGCCGCGCUUCCGCCGGAGGUUCGAUCGGCGCCGCCGUUAAAUUGAACCGGCAGGACGCGGAUAUCGCCAUCAAUUGGGGCGGUGGGCUUCACCACGCUAAGAAGAGCGAGGCGUCUGGGUUUUGCUACGUAAACGACAUCGUUUUGGGGAUUCUCGAGUUGCUUAAGAUGUUUAGGCGGGUUCUCUACAUUGAUAUCGAUGUUCACCAUGGAGAUGGAGUAGAGGAAGCGUUUUACACCACUGAUAGAGUUAUGACCGUUUCUUUUCACAAGUUUGGGGACUUCUUCCCUGGAACUGGUCACAUCAGAGACGUUGGCGCUGAGAAAGGGAAGUACUAUGCUCUCAAUGUCCCGUUGAACGAUGGUAUGGACGAUGAGAGUUUCCGCAGCUUGUUUAGACCUCUUAUCCAGAAGGUUAUGGAGGUUUAUCGGCCAGAAGCAGUUGUUCUUCAGUGCGGGGCUGACUCCUUGAGCGGUGAUCGGCUGGGUUGCUUCAACUUGUCAGUCAAGGGCCAUGCUGAUUGCCUCCGGUUCUUGAGAUCUUAUAAUGUUCCUCUCAUGGUCUUGGGUGGUGGAGGGUAUACUAUUCGGAAUGUUGCUCGUUGCUGGUGUUAUGAGACUGCAGUUGCGGUUGGAGUAGAGCCGGACAACAAGCUACCGUACAAUGAGUACUUUGAGUAUUUCGGUCCAGACUAUACGCUUCAUGUCGAGCCAGGCCCAAUGGAGAAUUUGAACACACCAAAAGAUAUGGAGAGGAUAAGGAACACAUUGCUAGAACAACUUUCUGGACUAAUACACGCACCUAGUGUGCCGUUUCAGCACACACCUCCAGUUAAUCGAGUCUUAGAUGAGCCGGAAGAAGACUUGGAGAAGAGACCAAAGCCUCGAAUUUGGAGUGGAACUGCGAAUUAUGAAUCAGACAGUGACGAUGAUGAGAAACCUCUUGGUGGUUUCUCAGGUAUUAAUGGCCCAACUAUGGACAGGGACUCUACAGGGGAAGAUGAAAUGGAAGAUGAUAGCGCAGAGCCGGAGGUGGAUCCACCAUCGUCUUGAAACCAGCUUGAUGUAGUGUCAAAAGUUAAGGAAUUGAUUCUUGGUGAUGCUUUUCUUCAGUAUGUGAUUUUUUUUUUGUUUGCAAAGAAACCUUUUUGUUUUGGCCUCAGACGUAUUUAAUAGGAAUGUAUUUCCAUUACCAUUCAAUUAAAACAAAGAGAAAAUCAUUACUUUUA